GCAAGUGAGGGAGGUCCUUCCUCCCCCUUCGGCACCUCUCUUUAUAAAGGAGCCACAGAGAUGGAUGGGACCUGCUGAGGAACAGUAGAUAAGCUGUGAGCCGGAGGAGAGCGAGCGAGAGGGGGGGGCACCCAUGGCCGAGCAGAGAGAGAUGAAAGAGAAGAACCCAUGGCAUAGGCCAGUGAUUAUCUGCAUCACCGUCUUCAUCGCCAUGGGAAUCAUUACCUUGGUGGCAAUGGCUGUGGUCCAGAACAAACCCCUUCAUCAGAAGUACAAGUAUGGGAUCGUUCUGGACGCUGGCUCCUCCCACACCUCAGUGUACAUCUAUGAAUGGCCUGCUGAGAAGGAGAACAACACAGGAAUGGUGCGGCAGACACACGCAUGUAACGUGAAAGGAAAGGGGAUCUCCAGCUACGCAUCGGACAUAUCGCACGCAGGCACGUGCCUGAGGGAGUGCAUGGAGGAGGCCAAGGAGAAGAUUCCCGUCUGGAGGCAUCCUGAGACCCCCGUUUACCUGGGGGCCACGGCAGGGAUGAGGUUACUGAGGAUGACCAACACAACCGUGUCUGACCAGGUUCUGUCCUCUGUGGAGAGCUUCCUGCAGACGUACCCUUUCCUGUACCAGGGGGCCCGCAUCAUCAGUGGCCAGGAGGAGGGAGCCUACGGCUGGAUCACCGUCAACUACCUGAACGGCAACUUUAGAAAGGCGCUGACUACCAUGGGUGCUCUGGACUUGGGCGGGGCCUCCACCCAGAUCACGUUCGUCUCUAAGCAGGAAGUGGAGUCGGAGGAGAACUCAAUGCUCUUCCGGCUGUACGGGAACGACUACCACGUGUACACACACAGCUUCCUGUGCUACGGCAAGGACCAGGCACUCAAACUGGCCUUGGCCAAGCAGCUACAGACAGGUGAGAGUCAGCUGAGAGACCCCUGCUUCCACCCGGGCUACAGCGUGCAGAAAUCCCUGGAGAGCAGCCCCUGCGUCCUGGAGUCGCACCCCCACGCCUCAGAGCGCAUCUUCACACACUUCGGGACGGGCAACGCCUCGCUGUGCCAGGAGGCCGUCAGGCGCAUUUUCAACUUCAGCCACUGCCCGUGGGGGCGCUGUUCUUUCAACGGAGUCUUCCAACCCCCUGUGGAGGGGCAGUUUGGGGCCUUCUCCGCCUUCUACUUUGUGAUGAACUUUUUAAACCUGACCUCAUACUCACUGGAACAGAGCAAGACGAAGAUGGACCACUACUGCUCCACCCCCUGGGAUGAGAUAAAGCAGAGAUACCCAUCUGUGAAGGUGAAAUACCUGGCGGAGUACUGCUUCUCUGGGACCUACAUCCUGACCCUGCUGGAAGACGGAUACAACUUUACUUCGGCGAACUGGAGAGACAUCCAAUUCAUCAAAAAGAUUGGUGACAGUGAUGCUGGCUGGACUUUGGGAUACAUGCUGAACCUGACCAACAUGAUCCCGGCAGAGGCCCCCGAUGAGCCGCCCCUCCCCCAUGGCGGCUACGUGGCCAUCAUGGUGCUGUUCAGCCUGAUGAUCUUCAUCCUCUUCCUCCUCGCCUACAAGCUGUUCGGCCGGCCCGUGUGCAGCGCCAACAAGCAGAUCAUCUGAGCCACAGGACCAAAGCACCAACCACCCGGAGUAUCACUCUGAAACCUUCCUCUCUUUCUUUCUCUUUCCUUUCUUUUCCUCUCUCUCUUCCCCUUUCUGUCUCUCUUUUGAGGCGUUCCAGGACCACUGUAGAGUCACACAGCCCCCCCCACUCACACUGUGACCCGUACCAGCCCCACGGCCUAAAUAAGCUGAGCUGAAGUGUAUGGAGCUGCUCACUUCAACAGGAGAGCUGUGAAAAAUGACCAUGGUGGCUGAUGUUUGGGAAACUUUCAGGAAGAUUAAUUUUACUAAGUACUUUAAUGAAAAAUGUGUCCAAUCAGCGCUGUGUAGCGGAUGGGUCAGAGGUCGGAAGUCGUGACCUUUGAGGGAGUGGCGUAGCGGGCCUGGGGAGGGGCGCUGACAUGGCUCAUCAUUCCCGUUCCUACAUGGCUGAUAAUUUCCUUCCCAGGGCACGCUCACUGGAGCCAGCACCACAGCCCACCACCACCCCAAAGCCCCCCCACCCUGGCAGUGCUUCAGCACGUUGCCCCGGGACUCAUCGAGACGCCGCAGGCGGAGUUGAAGGCGUCUGAAGUGAGGCCAGACGUGUUUAAGCACAGAGAGUUCUUACACGGCCCGGUGACACAAGGACCCAGCGUGCUGGCACAGGGUGGGGACCAGCGUGGGGGUCAGCGCUGUUCCCCUCCCACCCCCCCCACUCCCGUGUUGACCAUCUCGACCUUCCGGCUCUACCCUUCCACGAUCUCAGGACAAUGCAGGAGCAGAGCUUAAAACUAAACAUGUCUGCAGAAAAAGACAUGCCUAAUAUUUAGUGCGAAAGGGAUACACUUUUAAUAUGUCAGAAUGUACGGCACAUACCAGAGAAUAAA